GUUCUAGAGCUUGCCGGGAAGAUGGCUUCCACCAUGGCGGCGGAGCUGCUUUUGCAAAGGCUUGAGCGAGCGGGAGCUCACGGGGAGGCCGGGAUUUGUAGCCUGGAGGCGGCCGCGGCCCUUGGCCUGGAGCACCAAGUGCUGGUUGGAGCCGUGAAGAGCUUGCAGUCGUUGGGGGAGGUGAUUGAAGCAGAGCAGCGCACAUCCAAGAAGUGGGAGCUGACACCUGAGGGCAAUGAGAUUGUUCAGGAAGGGAGCCAUGAAGUUCGGGUGUUUAAUAGCAUCCCGUCUGAGGGUCUGGUCCAGAGCGAGCUGAUGAAACUGCCAAGUGGAAAAGUGGGAUUCAGUAAAGCCAUGUCCAACAAAUGGAUCCAACUAGACAAGAGCUCCGAAAAUGGGCCUCGGAUCUUCCGGAUGGUGGAGACUGUACAGGACUCUGUGAGGGAGAAGCUGCUCCAGGUGCAGCAGGGAGAGAUUGACAACCUAGAGGAGAAAGACAAGAAUGAACUGAAGAAGCGGAAGCUCCUGGCAGAAGUGACCAUUAAGACAUAUUGGAUCAAAAAAGGGAAUGCUUUUAGUACCAUAGUCGCCAAGCAGGAAACAGACCUCACUCCAGAGAUGAUUGCCAGUGGUUCUUGGAGAGACUUGAAGUUCAAGGCUUAUAACUUCGAGGCACUGGGCCUUAUGCCUGACAGCGGCCAUCUCCACCCGCUGCUGAAGGUCCGCAGCCAGUUCCGACAGAUCUUCCUCGAAAUGGGUUUUACAGAAAUGCCCACCAAUAACUUCAUUGAGAGCUCCUUCUGGAACUUUGACGCCCUCUUCCAACCACAGCAGCAUCCGGCCCGGGACCAGCACGACACCUUCUUUCUCAAGGAUCCUGCCGAAGCCACCGACUUUCCGAUGGAUUAUCUGAAGAGGGUAAAGAGGGUUCACUCGCAGGGAGGCUAUGGCUCUCAGGGGUACAAAUACGACUGGAAGCUGGAGGAGGCUCGGAAGAAUCUCCUUCGGACGCACACCACUGCCGUCAGUGCCCGCAUGCUCUAUCAGCUGGCACAACAGGAGAAGUUCACCCCAGUCAAAUACUUCUCCAUUGACCGCGUCUUCCGCAACGAGACGCUGGAUGCCACCCACCUGGCCGAGUUCCACCAGAUUGAAGGGGUGGUGGCCGAUUAUGGCUUGACGUUGGGGGACCUGAUGGGUGUCCUGAAGGAGUUUUUCAACAAAUUGGGAAUCACCCAGCUGCGCUUCAAGCCUGCUUACAAUCCUUACACAGAGCCCAGCAUGGAGGUGUUCAGCUACCACCAGGGAUUGAAGAAGUGGAUAGAGGUGGGCAACUCAGGGGUCUUCCGUCCAGAAAUGCUGCUGCCUAUGGGCUUGCCGGACGGAGUGUCCGUCACUGCCUGGGGACUCUCUCUCGAACGGCCCACGAUGAUCAAGUAUGGAAUCAAUAAUAUCCGGGAGCUGGUUGGUCACAAAGUCAAUCUGCAGAUGGUGUAUGACAGCCCCCUCUGCCGCUUGGACGCCUAGGCUCAGGGGCCUGCCUCUCUCUUCAAACCACCCUAUUUAUUAGCACUGCUCCUUGCUGGAACCCUGGAGCCAUUCACAAUCCUCCACAGUUCUGGUUCCUUUGGUGUAAAGCUGCUGUGGUCUUCUGUGAGGACUCUCCACCUGCAUCUUUUGGAGGGGUCAAAGGUGAAUGGGCUUUCCUCCCUUGUAGGCCAAGUCAUAUUCAUUAAAGGUUUCUCAGCCUGGA